AUGUUUGCUCCCGGUCAAGAACAGCUUUCCAAGGAGGAGCUUAGAGCUGCUGAGGCUCAGGCCAGCCAGACCGUCCGGGCUGCUAUCACCGGCGGUAUCCUUCUCUACCUUUCUCCCUUCGCCGUCGAUUUCGUCAAGAAGUUCCUCUAA